AUGCUUGCUCUGCUUUGGUUGUGGUUGAGGUGGUUUUUUUUUUUUUUUGGUUUUUUUUUCCUUCCCCAAGAGCAGGGUGCAGGGCAGAGGCAGCGCGGCGCAGCGCAGCGCAGUACCCAGCUACAAUCGCGCAUGCACAGGAGUAGGAAGCUGAUGAGGCAAACGACGAACCGGACUGAUCACAGCUUCCUCAUUGCAUUUUUUUGGUUCAUGGAAUUUUGUGAAGGCAAGAGGGUGAGGAAGAGGAUAGGAAUUGAUCGCGCGGAUGUGAGGCUAGAGGAGCAAAUUGCUUCUCUACUGGUUGGGGUUGGAAUUCACAGGACCCAACCCGCCCAAGCCUUCGUUACCCAACCCCCAAAAGGGGCCCCCCCCAAAAACCUUGCCGUGUCUGAAAUUCGUACCAACGGUCGUUUCAAGAGCUGCAAGCCUGACAAGCCUGAUUAUCGUUCAAUCGGCGGAAUUGAUCCCAAGGACAUGCGUAAUUCUUACAGCAAGAUAGCAUGCAAACGCACGGUUGCAAUCUCGCAGAGAUCCCAACCCAAUUGCGUUGAAGCCAACCGUAUCCAACAAACAGGCUCGGGGCUGUACCCCCUUUCUGGAUUAAGACUACCGGAUGUCCGUCAUGGUAAGAUGGGCUUUCUUUCAUUAUCCAUUACGCCUCGAUAG